AUAUUGCCCGGUUGAUCUGGCGCAGCUGGGAACACUGCAGCCGACGCCAAGUGGCGCGCCAGACAGCGCAGCCGCACCAGAACAGGCGCAGACAGACACAGCAGCGCAGCAGCCAUGGCAGACGAGAAACCCAAGGAGGGAGUGAAGACGGAGAACAAUGAGCACAUCAACCUGAAGGUGGCAGGGCAGGAUGGCUCAGUGGUGCAGUUCAAAAUCAAAAGGCACACUCCUCUCAGCAAACUGAUGAAAGCUUAUUGUGAACGACAGGGGCUGUCGAUGAGGCAAAUACGGUUUCGAUUUGAUGGUCAGCCCAUCAAUGAAACAGACACACCCUCUCAGCUAGAAAUGGAGGACGAAGAUACGAUUGAUGUGUUCCAACAGCAAACUGGCGGAUCUUCUCUUUAAAGACUGUUUCCUACGAACAUCCCUACCUCCCCCUUUCAUCCCUCAACAUGUUUGUUAUGCCCAGUCUUCAAAUGCUCAUGACCAGUGUUGAUACCAUCCAGUGGAAAACAAAUGCUGGGAGAGGACAGCACAGUUGGUGUAGAUAGAUUUUAUCACACUGUCAUUCACAUGUUAACAUUUCUGAACUGCGCAGUGUAGACGACUUGUAAGCUGCAGUGAGUCUAAUGUGCCGAAGAAAUUAAAAGCUUAUCAUGAUCCCCCCCUUUUUUUUCUUUUCUUUUUUUCUCCUUCUUCUUUAGAAAGUUUUGGGAAAAAAUCCUUGGUCCUUGUUUUUGUUUUUAUACUUACAUCAUUGAGGUUCUGAUUCAGAUGAAAUUUUGUUAUUGUAAGCCUGCAUUUUAAAUUCACUGACAUCUGUUGUAAUGAAAAUGUAUUUGAAUAAAUUGAUUUCUUUUUUUCUCCUUUUUUUAAA